AUGUCUGCUGCAAGUACCAAUGCUUCUAAUGAAUCUGGUACUGCUGGACAUGCAUGCCUGACACUAGAGGCAGAGGAUCACCCUCAACUACCUUCCCAGGGAGAUGCCCAUCAAAAUCAGAUGGAUGACCACAUGCAUAUGGAUGAGGUUGCAGAUCAGCAAGAUGCUGAUGAAUAUGUUGAUGAUGGGCUUGGAGAAUUUUGUGGUGACAAUGGGGCUGGAGAUUUUUGUGGUGACAAUGGUCCUGGAGAUGUUCAUGGUGAUGAUGGGGCUGGAGAUGUUCAUGGUGAUGAUGGGGCUAGAGAUUUUCAUGGUGAUGAUGGGGCUGGAGAUUUUCAUUGUGACAACAGUCCUGGAGAUUCAUGGAAUCACAACCCACCUGCUGGACAUGAUGAUGACCAUCCACCUGCUCCACCUAUCCAUUCCCCCCUCCUGGACCUUGAUAUUGAGAAACUCAUUUGUGAUGCAUGCCUACCAAAGAUACAGCAUAGCCUGCACUUUGUAAAAGACAUCAGAAAUGCCUCUCUCAAUGAUGGAGUUGGCAUAACAGGUGAACCACUUGAGUGCCUCUGCAAUCCCCCCUGA